UUAGCAGUAAAACUUAAAGCUCUAGGGCAUACAACAAACCCUGAAGGUAAAAAAUGUUUCAUUGAAAUAAAUAAGUAUAUUAAUAAACGAUAUACUACUAGCACUUUGGUAGCGGAAGCUCCAAACUUACAAAAAAUUUAUGAAAUAUUAAACAAACCUCCUAUAUUUGAUUUAUCUUCAGGGUUAUCUUAUAAAUCUCUAUCCGAUAUUAUUAAAGUAUCUAAAAAAGGUCACUCAGGAUUCGGUGGGAAUGUUUAUGAUAAUGGUGAAUUAGUAGUAGGUUCUCCUUUCUCUUCAUAUACUCAAGCAGCUUUAGCCCUUGGUAAUAUUAAUGUUUCUUCCGUUAUAUCUAAAAAGAUAGAUACUGACAAGCUUUAUAAAGGAAGAUAUAAAUUUGAAUCUUCUGUUUAG